UAAGCCAGCACACGGCAGGCAGUGCACUCACUGUGCUGACGCUACCCGCGACGGCAGCUCGGCGUAGCGGAGCGGAGAAGGGUGGGCUCGUCGAGAGAGCGGCGGCGGCACCAUGGAGACCGAAUUCACAUAUGAAGAUUAUCAGACGACCGCACAGUGGCUUCUGUCCCACACAGAGCACCGGCCUCAAGUGGCAGUGAUCUGUGGUUCUGGGUUGGGAGGUCUGGCUGAUCGAGUAACUCAGGCCCAGAGCUUUGACUACAGUGAAAUACCAAACUUUCCCCGAAGUACAGUGCCCGGUCACGCCGGUCGGCUGGUGUUCGGGUUCCUGAACGGCAGAGCCUGUGUGAUGAUGCAGGGCAGGUUCCACAUGUACGAAGGCUACUCGCUCUGGAAGGUCACCUUCCCAGUGAGAGUUUUCUGUCUUCUGGGCGUGGACACCCUAGUGGUCACCAACGCAGCUGGAGGGCUCAACCCCAGAUUUGAGGUUGGUGAUAUCAUGCUGAUCCGUGAUCACAUCAACCUGCCUGGUUUCUCUGGUCAGAACCCUCUCAGAGGCCCCAAUGAUGAAAGGUUUGGAGUUCGUUUCCCUGCCAUGUCUGAUGCCUAUGACCGGGAUAUGAGGCAGAAGGCUCACGUUGUCUGGAAACAAAUGGGGGAGCAGAGAGAGCUGCAGGAAGGCACCUAUGUGACGCUGGCAGGCCCCAACUUUGAGACUGUGGCAGAGUGUCACCUGCUGCUGAAGCUGGGGGCGGAUGCUGUUGGCAUGAGCACAGUUCCAGAAGUGCUAGUUGCAAGGCACUGUGGACUUCGAGUCUUUGGCUUCUCCCUCAUCACCAACAAGGUCAUUACGGAUUAUGAAACCCAUGAGAAGGCCAGUCACGAGGAAGUACUAGAGACCGGGAGACAAGCGGCACAGAAACUGGAACGGUUUGUCUCCAUUCUUAUGGCCAGCGUUCCACCUCCUCGCAAGGCCAGUUAACCAGCCCUGGAGUGGUUUGGCCUCCCCCUCAUGGCAUCCAAGUAGCUGCUACCUGCUUUGGCCCUUUGCUGUGUCCUGUGCCUCUGCCCUUAGGCAGUAGCAGACAAGAAAGAAAGACCCCUAUCGUUCACUUUCCCCGCUUCUCCCAGCAGACUUUCUGGUGCUGGGUCCUCUUUUGCUCCAUGGUCUUCUCAGAACAGUUCUUCCCCAAGAGCUGGAGCCCAAGCCCUCCCACACAUCCAUGGAUAUGCCCAGGAUGUGACUUGCACCCUUGAACUUGGCACAGUAACUGCUCUAGCUUUUUGAGAUGAUGCUCUCACAUUCCUGGGGGCUCGGUUCUGAGUCCCCUAAAGCACAGGAGACCAUGUAAGGACCAGCCCAAUGCCUCUUGGACUUUAAUACUGUCAUACUUUGAGAAUAAAGAGAAAGAUGAAAUAAUGUCUUCAUUUUUGUGUCAUU